UCACUUUUAACAAAAUCUUUAUUUUGAUGCAAUUACGAUGGAAAAUAUGGAAAAUUCAAGUGAAACGUCCAGCGACUUUGAAAGAAUUGACAAAAUCGAUGUUUGUGAGAUGAGCAGCAGUGAGAAUGGUCGAUUAAGCAACCAUCCAAGUGAGCCGACAGAGUUAAGCUUUGAAAAACAUCCCGAAAAUAAGGAAGAACGAGAAAAACGAGCGAAAAUUGAGGAGGCUCUGGAAACGUACGCUGAGCAACCCAUCAAAACUUGGCAGAAUUUUGCCAAAUCUGAAUAUGGACUCAUAAACGACGAUUUACGGAAACGCGUUUGGCCUCUCUUAGUAAAUGUUGACCCGUGUAAAUGUGAACCAGUCCCUUGUCUUGACGAUCUACAAACACACCCGGAAUACAACCAGGUUGUGUUAGAUGUUAAUCGGAGUCUGAAACGUUUCCCUCCCGGAAUUCCAUACGAACAAAGAGUAGCAUUACAAGAUCAAUUGACAGUGCUUAUUCUACGCGUCAUUAUCAAAUAUCCUCAUCUGAAAUACUAUCAGGGGUAUCAUGAUGUGGCCGUAACAUUUUUACUCGUUGUCGGCGAAGAAGUUGCUUUUCAUGUUAUGGAAAAACUCUCGACGGAACAUCUGUACGAAUGCAUGCAAGAAACAAUGGAGCCAACACAAAAACGACUUAUGUCCAUUUAUCCAAUUAUACGACGAACUAAUAAGGCUUUGUGUGAAUAUCUGGAAAAAUCGACAGUUGGGACACUUUUUGCAUUGCCGUGGUUCCUCACCUGGUUCGGCCACAGUCUGAAUAGCUACAGAAGCGUCGUGCGUCUUUACGACUAUUUUUUAGCGUCCGAACCAUUACUUCCAUUAUACGUUACAGCAGCCAUCGUGCUAUAUAGAGAAAAUGAUAUUUUUAAAGAAGAUUGUGAUAUAGCAAGUUUACAUUGUCUUUUGUCACAAUUACCGGAAGAUUUGCCAUUCGAGUACCUUUUGACGUAUGCAGAUACGUUGUAUAAAAAAUUUCCUCCAAAGAUGAUCGAAGCAGAUGUAGAAAAGAUGAUCAUAAAAGAGAAACAACAACGUGCCCUUGAAGAUGAAAGGAUCCGAAAAGCUCAACUUGCUCGACGAAUGAAAGGCAAUAACAACAAUGUACGCCCAUUUAAGCAUCCCUUCCUCAAUUCCCUUAUUCCAUUUGCUCUCAUGUCACGUCGUUCAAUGAUUGUAACUACCGCAUUUUCGAUAUUUGUUGGCAUCUGUGCAUAUUACUAUCGGACACAAGCAUUUAAUGGCACCAUCAGAUAGGGACGCGCCAUGUACUGGUUUCAAGGAUUCACACAGUUGUAUCAAAGAAAGUGAUUGACCGAGAUUUCUUUGAUGUGAACGUUAAUAUUAUGUUGAUUCCUAAUGAAAUUAGUGCAUAUUGAUCAUGUGUAUUUUUAAAGGACCAUUUCCUUGUUGCGUUUCUUGUGUAUAAAAAAUGUGUGGAUGUGAUGUUUUGAAAAAAUUGAAUUCUGUUUCGUAGUAUUUAAGGUUCGAGUCUCUAAAGUGUAAGUUAAAUACCCCCAAAUAAUAUCGUUAAUUAAAUAAUUUAAUAGAUAUAUAAGAAUGAAAAAUAUUAAUGAAAUCAAUAAAGUAAAUAUAUGCCAUUC